AUGGUAACAUCGAUGAUUCUUGAUGCGCAAGUUUCCGUCUUGGAGCCUGCAGCUUCAGCCUUAGGCAUCGGCUUGAUGCUCCAAGGAUCGCAAUUUGGCCAGUGGCUUACUUGUCCCCGCAGGCUUGUGCCAGACAUUACAAUUGCCGAGCUCGCACUCGCCACCAGUUUGGUUGGCCUGCAUUUGACAGCAUUCUGCUCCUGGGCAGAGAGGUAA